GCUUACAGCUCACAGCUCAGCUACAACACCACCACCACAUUAUGCAUCGCCUCAUUGAUAUCGAACCUUAAUGCCCAUUCAGCUUGCCGCUUCCCACAACCCCAAGAACAAGCAAAUAGCGACAUCGCCCUCCCCCGUCCCUCAUCCCCCAGCUUCCAUUCCCAUCCCAUCUCCUCAACCUUCCGUCCAUCUCUCCCCACCCCAUCGAUCUCACCACGAUGGUCCUCGCCGCCCUCCGUGACCUCCUCAGCGAUGAGGAGUUCUCCUACCCCAUAGAGCCCUCCAUCAUAAUCUUUGGCACAUGCGACACCAAGCUCCUGCCGCUGCUAGAGCUGCGCAGCCUCCUCUCGCCACACCACCGCGUGCUCCUCGCCGACGUCGGCCGCACGCCGACCCUGCACACGCUCAUCGACAUCCCACAAUCGAGCAUCAUCCCGUCUGGCGUGGAACUCUCGCACCUCCCGCGCAACGAGCUCGUAACCCUCAUUUCCACCCACCUCACGACGCGGCUCUCACAACUCUACACCGCGGGGACAAUCUCGGCGGCAAUCUCCCUCGGCGGCAGUUCGGGCACGGCGCUCGCCGCCACCGCCAUGCGCGCCGCCCUGCCCAUCGGCUUUCCAAAGCUAAUCGUGACGACCAUGGCGUCAGGCGACGUCUCGCCCUACGUCGGCGACAGCGACAUCACGCUCAUGCCGUCCAUCGUCGACAUCGCGGGGGAGAACCACAUCCUCUCGCAGAUCCUGCGCAACGCCGCCGGCUGCAUCGGCGGUAUGGCCGCCGCCGCCAUCUCCGCCGCCAACCCCAACCCCAACCCCCGCGCAACGAAGCGUGUCGUCGCAAUCAGCAUGUUCGGCAUUACUACACCCGCAGUCGUCGCCGCACAGCGUGCCCUCGAGGAGAACGGCUUCGAGGUUCUAGUCCUGCACGCGACCGGUUCGGGCGGACGAGUGCUGGAGCGACUAGUGCGCGAAGGGCGGGUGGACGGGGUGCUCGACAUCACGACGACAGAGAUCGCGGACCUGUUGUGCGGCGGGGUGCUCUCUGCCGGCCCUCAGCGGCUCAUGGCCGCCGCGACCAGGGGCGUCCCGCAGAUUGUGAGUGUCGGCGCCACGGAUUGCGUCAACUUCGGCCCGAAACAAACGCUGCCCGAAGAAUGGAAGGGCAGGACGAUAUUGGAACAUAAUCCGACCGUCACACUGGUUAGGACUAGUACAGACGAGUGUAGGCGUAUUGGAAGGCAUAUCGGCGAGACCCUGAGGAAGGCGGAUGCCGAGAAGGGGAGGACCGAGGUGUGGUGUCCUGGCCGCGGGGUGAGUACCAUCUCGGAGGAGGGGGGUCCGUUCCAGGAUUUUGAGGCGGAUCGGGCCCUCGCCGAGGAGCUGCAGAAGAGCUUGGGUGAUGUCGCGUUUAGACAUUUUCCGGAGGUUGCGCUGAAUGAUGAGAAGUGGGGAAGGGAGAUGGCGGUGAGGUUGAUGGAGAUGAUGGGGGCUGCGAGUAUAUAGACUUUGCGAAAAGCAUGGGCCCGGGCUGUCACAGUAGGAAAAGCUUCGGGCCGAAGGGAGCAAAAGAUUGAUUGAUUCAGCCGGGAUUUGAACCCGGGUCGGGCGCAGAAUGCUGGUGGCAAGCGCCCAUGAUACCCC